CUCAAUCCCCCCAAAAAAAAAUAGAGAAGAAAAAAUGGGUUCACCUCACAUACUUCUCUUCCCAUUCCUAGCCAAAGGCCACGCCAUACCCCUCCUCCACCUCGCCCGCCUCCUCCUCCACCACGGCGCUGCCGUGACCCUCGUCACCACCCCCGCGAACCGCUCCUUCAUCCGCAGCUCCCUCCCCUCCGCCAUCUCCGUCGUCGACAUCCCCUUCCCUCAGAACAUCCCUGGCAUCCCUCCCGGCGUCGAGAGCACCGACAAACUCCCCAACAUCUCUCUGUGGGUCCCCCUCGCCGCCGCCGCCAAGCUCAUGCAGCCCCACUUCGACCAGCUCCUCAAAUCCCUCCUCCCCGCCGUCUCCCUCGUUAUCUCCGACGACUUCUUUCCCUGGACCCUCGAUUCCGCCACCAGACACGGCGUCCCACGAUUCGUCUUCUACGCCAUGGGAGCAUUCUCUCUCUCUCUAAUCCUCGCCGUCGCCCGCCGCCGCUUCGUCGAAGAGAGCAGCGGCGAUACGCUCAACCCUACUGAUUUCCCGUGGAUCAAGAUCAGGAGAGAAGACAUCGACCCUCUCUUCAUCGACCCGGAAUUCGUCGGCACAGAUAUUCACAAUUUCGCAUACGAGAAUAUCGAGUCUUCCUCGAGAAGCCAUGGCAUCGUGAUCAACACAUUCUUCGAGCUCGAAUCCGCCUACGUAAACGCAUACCCAAAAAUGUGGUGUCUCGGCCCGUUUUCCACGGCGGUGGAGCCGCCGGAAAAUGAUAUGAGGCCGGCGAGCAUGAAAUGGCUGGAUGAAAAGCUGGGGAGAGGAGAAAGAGUGAUGUACGCGGCGUUUGGGACUCAGGUAGAGAUCUCGCCGGAGCAAUUCGAGGAGAUCAAGAAGGGGUUGGAGGAAUCCGGUGUCAACUUUUUGCUGGUGGUGAGGAAAAAUGAGGCACAGUUGAUGGACGGGUUUGAGGAGAGGGUGAGGGGGAGAGGGAUUGUAGUGAGAGAGUGGGUUAAUCAGAGGGAGAUAUUGGGGCACGGCAGCGUUGCGGGGUUCUUGAGCCAGUGCGGGUGGACGUCGGUGAUGGAGAGUGUGUGUGCGAAGGUUCCGAUUCUGGCGAUGCCGGGGAUGUGGGAGCAGCCGCUCAACGCGGUGUUGGUGGCGGAGGAGCUGAGGGUGGGGCUCAGGGUGAAGGCUUCUAAUGGGUUUGUUAAGUGGGAGAGUUUGGCGGCGGCGGCCAAGGAGUUGAUGGAAGGGGAGCUGGGGGAUGAGGUGAGGAGGAACGCGGCGGAGCUCGGCGGCGCUGCAAUGAGAGCGGUGGAGGAAGGCGGCUCCUCUUGGUUGAGCUUGAAGAAGCUUUUGAGCGAGUUUGGUCACACAACUUGAAAUAAAUAAUUGCUUGUUUCUCAAUUAAAUAAUCAUGUAUGUAACUGUGUUUGUUAAAUUGUCUGUAUAAUGAUGUAUUCAAAUUAAUUGUGCGUUAUAAUUGAAAAUUGAGUUCGGUAUCAA